AUGUCCUCCCUUGAGGCCAAGAUCGUCGUCCUCGGCUCCCAAGGCGUCGGCAAGACGAGCCUCGUUGAGCGCUUUUGCAAGGGCAGCUUCAACCCUUCCCAGAUCACAUCGACCGUCGGCGCCUCCUUCAUGACCAAGCGCGUUGUCGACGGCGAUUCCGACACUACCGUGCGCCUGCAGAUCUGGGACACCGCCGGCCAGGAACGUUUCCGCAGCAUAUCCCGCCUCUACUACCGCGGCGCCAACGCCUGCAUCCUCUGCUACUCCAUCACCGACGCCCAGUCCUUCGCCGAAAUGGGCCUCUGGCUCAACGAGCUACGCCGCAACCUUCCCGCCGACGUCGUCCUCCACGUCGUCGGCACCAAGGCAGACAUGGUCGCCCGCGACCCCUCCUUGCGCGAAGUCCCUUUCGAGCGCUGCAUCGCCUACGUCGCCGAAAACCUCGCGCUCGGCCUCGCCUCGACGCCGCCC